ACGCACGAACGCACAGAGUUUAUGGGCGUGAAUGUAUGGCCACCAGCUCUUCAAGCCUGAACGGCAACUCCCAAAAUAGCAAUGCGAAUUCGGGAAGCCUCAGAAAAAAAAAUGGCUGAAGCAGUUUCACCAAUAACUCGACAAGUAUAUUCAGAACAUCGGGCAGUUAGGAGCCCUUCUGUCGAUUUUCGUCUUGAAGACGUCGAAGAUUGUUUAAUUUACGACCGGCAUGGAGUCUCUGAUCCGUUCAAGAAAUUAUAUCAAGACAGGAAAUCGGUCAUAAUUUUCGUGCGGAAUUUCUUGUGCUACAGCUGUAAAGAAUAUGUGGAGGAUUUGAGCAAAAUACCUAAAGAAGCACUGGAGGAUGCUGACAUUAGACUAGUUGUGAUUGGCCAGUCUGCUCACCAUCAUAUAGAGCCUUUCUGCUCAUUGACGGGGUAUCCUCAUGAAAUAUAUGUCGACCCAGAGAGGUGCAUUUAUCAAAAGCUUGGGAUGAAGAGAGAGGAGAAAUUUACGGACUCAGCCAACCCUAGUCCCCAUGUGAAGUCUGGUAUCUUUAUGGGACAAAUGAAGAGUAUAUGGAGGGCCAUGACUAGCCCUGCAUUUGACUUCCAGGGUGACCUACAUCAGCAAGGUGGAGCCAUCAUUGCAGGACCAGGCUCUCAUGUUCAUUUUUCCCACUUUGACAUGAACCGUCUGGAUCACAUGCCCAUUAACUGGCUCCUGCAGCUCGCCGGAGUUCAACAGACUCUGGACUUCAGCGAUAAGCCAAAGAUCGUCCAUGUGUAGCCAGCUGGUCGCCUUCCUCCCUCUCCCCACAUCACUGUUUGGGCAACAAAUAGUUUUUGAGUCUACUGUUUAUCACAUCUGUACUGGGACGCUGCCUUGCCAAAAUCUUGGAUAGGUCUGAAAUGUACAGUCUAUGUUGAGUGUGAAAAUUCAUUCUUGACCAAUGGAAACUGUGUAGUUUGACAAAAAUCUUAACUCAAUGUCUUCUUCCUAAACCCUUUGUCUCCUUGUGAAGCACAGGUCAUUAACAAUUCUUCUCGA